UGGAAAUGGAAAAGGACGCCGGCGCAGCCGCGCAGUGCAGCAUCCACUCACAGCGGGAGAGGGGACCGGUCAUCACGGUUGAUCGUGGCAAAUAUCAAAAUCUCUCCCAUUCCACUGCCCCUACCACAGUUCCACUGGCCUUCGCUUCGCCACGGUUCUCGCCUCCUCGCAUUCUAAACAUCGCCAUGAUUCGGUGGUUCUGAAUGCAUCUCCUGUAACCACCGGGCCCGGAGCUUCUCCCAAGCCCGCGUCGCCGUCGAGGGCUGUUAACCUGGCAACACUCUCACCAACCAACAAACAAACGCGCGGGGUCGCUGUAAUGGCCGCCGCCGCCGCCGCUGUGAAUGGGAGCCUAGACCGCCUAGACGUGCAUGAGAGGAAGGCGCAGAAGAGCUACUGGGAGGAGCACUCUGGGGAGCUCAACCUCGAGGCCAUUAUGCUCGACUCCCGUGCCGCCGAACUCGACAAGGAGGAGCGCCCCGAGGUUCUGUCUUUACUUCCUUCAUAUGAAGGGAAAUCUAUACUGGAGCUGGGAGCUGGAAUAGGUCGCUUUACUGGUGAACUGGCUAAAACAUCUGGGCAUGUUUUUGCAGUGGAUUUCGUUGAAAGUGUGAUUAAAAAGAAUGGAAGUAUAAAUGAUCACUAUGGCAACACGUCCUUUAUGUGUGCUGAUGUUACAUCCACGGACCUGAUGAUUGAAGCAAACUCCAUUGAUCUGAUAUUUUCAAACUGGUUGCUGAUGUAUCUUUCAGAUGAGGAGAUUGACAAGUUGGUAGAAAGAAUGGUAAAAUGGUUGAAGGUCGGUGGUUAUAUCUUCUUUAGGGAAUCUUGCUUCCAUCAAACUGGAGAUACAGAAAGGAAAUUUAACCCAACACACUAUCGAGAACCAAGGUUUUAUACCAAGGUAUUUAAAGAAUGCCAAACCUUUAAUCAGGAUGGCACUUCCUUCAAACUUUCUUUGAUUACAUUCAAAUGCAUUGGAGCUUAUGUAAACAUCAAGAAAGAUCAAAACCAGAUAUGUUGGCUAUGGAAAAAAGUAAACUCAUCAGAAGAUGGGGGAUUUCAAAGUUUUUUGGACAAUGUGCAGUACAAAGCCACUGGAAUACUACGCUAUGAACGUAUCUUUGGAGAUGGCUACGUGAGUACUGGUGGAGCUGAGACUACAAAAGAAUUUGUGGAGAAACUGAAUCUUAAGCCUGGGCAGAAGGUGCUUGAUGUUGGAUGUGGAAUUGGGGGAGGUGACUUUUAUAUGGCUGAGAAGUAUGGUACACAUGUUGUUGGUAUUGACCUUUCCAUUAACAUGAUUAUGUUUGCCCUUGAGCGUUCCAUUGGAUGUAAGUGCUUAGUUGAGUUUGAAGUUGCUGAUUGCACCACAAAGACAUACCCAGACCACAUGUUUGAUGUCAUCUACAGUCGUGACACUAUCCUUCAUAUACAAGAUAAACCCUCCUUGUUUAAAAGUUUCUUCAAAUGGCUGAAACCCGGGGGAAAGGUUCUAAUCAGUGAUUACUGCAAGAGUCCUGGAAAACCAUCAGAAGAGUUUGCAACAUACAUUAAGCAGAGGGGUUAUGAUCUCCAUGAUGUGGAGGCUUAUGGACAGUUCCUCAGUGUUUUACAGAAGGAGCUAGACAAAUUUGAGAAGAACAAAGAUGAUUUCCUGUCUGAGUUUGCCCAGGAGGAUUAUGACGAUAUCGUGAAUGGAUGGAAGGCAAAACUGCAGAGGAGCUCUGCUGGUGAGCAGAGGUGGGGGCUGUUCGUCGCCACCAAGUGAUGCGCGUGCGUGUGGCUUUAUUACAAAUAACAUUUGGAGCUCUGCUGGUGAGCAGAGGUGGGGGCUGUUCGUCGCCACCAAGUGAUGCGCGUGCGUGUGGCUUUAUUACAAAUAAAUUUGAAGCUCUGCUGGUGAGCAGAGGUGGGCUGUUCGUCGCCACCAAGUGAUGCGCGUGCGUGUGGCUUUAUUACAAAUAAAUUUGCUUCUGCAAUUCACCGAUGGGAUUCGCUUCAUAACGUGAUUUUACAUAACUGAACUCAGAGAGCCUAUCCUAUUGCUUUGUGUUUUGGGACAAUGAGACUGAUAUAACUUUUACGGUCCUGUUAAAUAUAGAGUGUGCUGUACUGAUGCUCCUCAUGGCUGUGGCUACAUGGUUGACACGUGACAUGAGAUUUGUUAUUUUCA